GCCGUCAAUAAUAAGCAGCACAGCCUCCAAUAAUGUAUAAGACCUAGCGUUUUCCAAACCUCUCUUACCUUUUCUCGAGCUUAAUCUCGUACAUACUGCCCACUGUCGUCGCCUCUCCAUCUUCCUGUCUCAAGCUUUAUGGUCAGCGAGUCCUCUCAAGCUUCCCAAACGACAUCCCAUUCAGAGUGGAGCAAGACCGAGCCGACAGCAUCACAGGCUAAACAUACCAUGGCAUUUGCAAACAGCCCACACUCAGCGCGUCCCUUGCGCAUUGAGGGCGAGAAGUGUAACUCAAGCACCUUCUUACCCAACUACGAAACAGCCGUCAACGAAAACCUGCGUUCCUUCGACCAUCCGGAAGCUCCGGCUAGCAAGUACACAGCGUCAGACGGCGUGGCAAGCCCGGGGACAAGGUGGUGGACCGGGAUGUCAAGACGAAACCUCGUCGUCAUUUCCAUGCUUGCUACCGUCCUUGUCACCGUGAUCGCCAUCAUUACCAGCCUGCUAGUUAACCGCCUCCACCAGCCGCAGAAGACGCAUACACCGUCUCGCUCGGCAAAUGUUGUCACCUUGACGGCGACGGUCACGGAUGUGGAGGUCAAAAGCGUUCCCAGCCUACCGUCUCAUACACAAACUUGGAACCCAACGAUAACCGUCACAGUUACGGCAACUCAAGUGCUAGCCAGCACGUUCGUCACGAGUACGAAGUCAAUGCUCCCGACGCCAUCAUCGCUAGUUACGAGCUAUACCACCAUGAUAGCAAACAGUCAGUCAUCGUCUGGAUCAGAGAUGACGAGCAUUCCGGCAUCUGUCCUGUCCGCCGAAGCUUCCAUUUCUGCCGUCCUGGCGAGCAUUGCCGCCCAUCAGGUUGCUCCACUCACCAUGCUUGAUGCAUCGACAAGAAGCGUACCGCCACAACAGACAACCAUGGCCAUAAUGCCCGUUGUGACUGCUUCAUUCACUACGCUAAUCGUACCGAAUGAUCCUGUAAAUCCAUCUGUGGUCACCAAAGUACAAGCAUUCGAUGAGCUGACGGCUUACAGGUAUUGAGCACGGCAUCUUCGGCAGCUCUUGCGCCGCAUACGAUUGCAGAAGGGUGGAUAGGUCGUUGUGGCGUUCCCGGUACAAGCUGCAAUGGCAGCGAGAGCCUGACCGGGGUGGGCAAUAAGCGGUCGGAGACAGCUCUUGUGGUUGUUGGACAUACAAUGUUGUAACCUCCUGGACUGAGCAUGAGGUUAUAAGUUGCUGACACGGUCACUGCAUGCCGGCACGAGGUCGUAGUGACUGCAGUCAGGCGCGCAUUCUGAAGCGACCUCUAUGCAUUCAUGAUAAGGGCACGUCUGCCAAUUCACUCCACCAUUCGUAUCUACA